AUGUCGCACGUCGUCACACCACUGGACCAGCCAUCCAACUACAAAGACUCCCAAAACCGCAUGGACCGCCAGCGGCAAAACGAGCUGCUUUCCAAAUCUUGUACUCUAUACAUAGGAAACUUGAGCUUUUACACGACAGAGGAGCAGAUUUACGAUAUGUUCUCGAAGUGCGCGAGCCCAGAAGACGGAGGAGGCGUGAAGCGUAUUAUCAUGGGACUGGACAGGAAUACGAGGACACCAUGUGGCUUCUGCUUUGUCGAGUUCUACACAAACGGGGAAGCUCUCGCCGCUCUCCGCUACGUCUCGGGCACAAAGCUCGACGAACGUAUCAUUCGUUGCGACUUGGACCUUGGCUACCGCGAAGGGCGACAAUUCGGCCGUGGCAAGUCUGGCGGCCAAGUGCGCGACGAACACCGCGCGGACUACGACCCUGGACGCGGUGGCUGGGGUGCACAGGCGCAGAGGGCAGAGAUUGAACGGAGGAGGGAGGUUGAGGAGAGGUAUCAGGAUGUUGCACCUGGGAGUAAGGCCGCUGGUGGUGGCGAAGACUGGGCACAGAAGAAUGUCCAGGCCAGUGUGGACGAGAGUCCGUCGAAGAAGAGGGGGAGGAGUCCGGAUGAUGAUGGGGAUAAUGAGGCUGCAAAACAGCGCCAACGACUUGACGGGGAGGAGCGUAUGUGA